AGAGGAUCUCUCACAGUGCGCUGAAGGAAAAUGAGCUCCACAGAAGACAUUGACUAUCCUCGGAUCUUAUUUCAAUACAACAAUGGGUUUUUAGUCUCAAAGAUUAUGUUUACCGCCUGUGAAUUGGGAGUGUUUGAUCUAUUGCUGGAGUCAGAAGGGCCCCUGUCUUCAGACACCAUUGCUGAACGUUUGGGCACCAGUGUCAGUGGAAUGGAACGGUUGCUAGAUGCCUGCGUGGGAUUAAAGCUCCUGGAAGUUGAAAUGAAAAGUGAAGGAGCCUUUUACAGGAACACAGAGCUUUCCAACCUCUAUCUUGCAAAAUCAAGUCCCAAGUCUCAGUAUCAUCGUUUGAUGUACUAUUCCAAAACCGUCUCUUUUUGCUUCCAGUACCUGACAGAUGCUGUGAGAGAUGGGAAAAACCAGUAUGAGCGAGCAUUCGGCAUGUCAUCAGAAGACAUCUUUGGGACUCUCUACAGAUCAGAAGAAGAGAUGAUCAAAUUCAUGUAUUUUUUAAAUGCAUUUUGGAAUAUAGAUGGCAGAGAUGUGAUUGCUGCAUUUGACCUUUCACCUUUCACUGUCAUUUAUGAUCUGGGAGGAUGUGCAGGUGGUUUGGCCCAGGAAUGUAUUUCUUUGUACCCAAAGUCUACAGUCACAAUUUAUGACCUACCUAAAGUAGUGCAAGUGGCGAAGGAGCGUUUUGUACCCCCAGAAGAACGUCGGAUCACUUUCCAUGAAGGAGAUUUUUUUAAAGAUCCAAUUCCAGAAGCUGACCUGUACAUUUUGGCUAGGAUCCUGCAUGACUGGGCAGAUGACAAGUGUAUGCAGCUACUAACAAAAAUCUACAAGGCUUGCAAGCCUGGGUGCGGAGUGCUGUUGGUUGAAACACUUUUGAAUGAAGACAAAACUGGGCCUUUAGAAGCUCAGCUCUUCUCUCUGAUGAUGUUGGUUCAGACUGAAGGAAAAGAACGAACGCCAACCGAGUACAGCAAGCUCCUCGCUGCAGCUGGUUUCAGAGAGAUUCAAGUCAAGAAAACAGAAAAGCUCUAUGAUGCUAUUUUAGGAAGAAAAUAA